AUGCCUGGGCCCUGGUUCCUCCCGAGAGAGGACCAGGGUGCAUGGAAUGCCCUACCCGCUGCGCGCGGAGACUAUGUGGAGCUUAAGCUCCUCGAUUCCGCUCGCCACCCACAGGGUAUGGGGUUGGUGAGGAUCGAGGAGCGGGAGAACCCCGGCCGAUAUGGGGAAUGGUUUGCAGGUACCAUCGUCGCGGUGUCCGACGGGUACCUGCAAUGGUGGCUGGAUGAAGGAGAAGGCUCUUCGGAGCAAAGGUGGUUCUCCUUCCACGUCUGUGCCAAGUCUCCUGCCACUUGCAGGGGAUCAAAAGGGCACCCCGACAUGGAGUUCCACUUUGAGUCCCUACGGAGCAUUCCCCUUGCGGAGCUCGGGACCUCCCUGCAGCCACCAUGGCUUACCCAACCCGCUGCGGCGGCAGAUCUAAGAUGGAGGCCCCCCUGGCGCGGAGGCGAAGCCUCCGGGGCUUGCCGCAGAGCUCGGAAAAAUCGCCGAGAUCGCUCCCCGGAGCGGCGCGCCAAAGAACCCCGUGCGCGGGAGAGAGACUCAGGGCCAGCAGCGGAGGCGGAGGCCGCCCUCAAGAAGAAGCGGAGGCGCUGGCUGGACCCGGGAGGUCACCAAAGCGCGGGCCGCAAAGCAGACCGAGGUCCCUUUGGGGGCGGGGUCAAGGUCGACCUGGGCGAAGAUGGGUCUUCAUCAGACUCGUCUUUUCGCGAAGCCUCCUCGUCUCGCGACCGUCAGCUGCAGCUCCUGGAGUACUCGGAGAGGUACCCGGGGCGGCUGUCGGCUCGUCUUCUGCAGAAGAUGCGAAUGCUGCUCGCACGGGACGGGGGGGCGCUAAACUUUGCAGCCCGGGAAGACCCAGCGCCACCGGUGGCGACGAGCUACCUCCUCACGAUCAUGGUGCCGGAGUACAGGGCAAAGGUCGGAGUUCGCCUUCUACGGGAACUCAAGACCCUGUGCAAGGCGCUGGACCUGGUGGUCGAAGGGGAAGCGCGGCGCGCCGCAGACCUUCUCGCGCAAAGAGUGAAAGCGAUCGAAGCAUCGCUGGCCGACGAUCACUGGCUGAAAGCACAGUUCCUGGAACUGGUGCCGCGGGAAGGAAGUCUCCUGAUGGAGACAGACGAGGCGGUGAUGGCGGCGAGGCAGCUGGCCCUGGAGACCAAGGUGAAGGAAGCAGGCCAGCGGAACUGGGGCCGGGGCAAGGGGCAGUGGUUCGGGGGGGCUGCCUCGGUCUCCUCCAUCCUUCGGAAGAACGAACCAAGAGGAAAACUGCUCCCAGGUGGGCUUCGUACCCAAAAGGCGGCGGACCGCCGCUUGCAAGUGGCUGAGGAACAUGACCUGCUCCCAAUCCAUGUGGAUGCCACCUGCAACAUUGAGGUUGUGGAGAACUGUUCCCAGGUGGUGCUGGAGACUACCCUGCACGCCCUCAACUUCCACUACUGCUGUGGUUGGAUCAGCCCUGUGUGCUGGCCGCCGCCCGAAGAAGUCACCCCACGGCAGGCAGAGGCGGUGAAAGGGAUCGCGAAGAUCUGCGCCGGGUGCUUGGGCCGUGGCUUGCCUUUGGGAGGACCGGCCGAGGCCGAGAAGAUCCUCUCUAGUCGCUCCCGUGACUAUGAAGGCAACAUGGUGGAGCGAGUGGGGGAGAUCCAAGCGGAUCUGGUGAUCGGUGCAUGGCCCAAUGUUGGGGAGGCGGCGGUUGCUAGCGUCAUUGACUUUUUGACGGGUGACGCCCUCCAUGCAGUGAUCUCGCCGAAACCUCACUUCAAGAGGGGAAGCGACCAGCCGAGGACCUCCAAGAGGGGUAAGGUCCAUGCCUCCCAGGAGGAAUGGAACAAGGUUGUCUCGGCGGCCUUCCAGCGCAACAUGAUGGGGCCGGUGGACGAGAGCGCCGUCCCCCGGGACGCGCAAGGCCACCUCAUCACGAAUGGUGCUGGGGCGGUGGAGAAGAGGAAGCUGGUCGGCGGCAAGGAAGUCACGAUGAGCAACUUCGUGCCGAUCAAUGAGUACCUGGAGGCCCUCCCGGGAGACCAGGAUUUCCUCCCGUACGUGGCCCAGCUUGGCCUGCUGCUCCUGGGUGACAGCCAGACCCUGAUGAUAGAGUCGGAGGACCUCACCUCGGCCUUCAACUUGUUCCGCAUGCCGGACACCCGGCUCCCGUAUUUCUCCUACGCCAAGAAGGUGCCCGGGCACAUUAUGGGUUCCAACGAGGAGUGGGUCAGGCCGGGGCUGAGGGUCAUCCCUAUGGGGUGGAGCUCCGCGGUCACCAUCAUGCAGGCGGUGCUUAGGAACCUUGUGUUUGACAAGGCAGGGGUACCGGCAAGCCUGGAGAUCUCGAAGGUCAAGGAGAUACCCGCUAAGGGCGGAGCCGUGCUUUACCUUGACUCCUUCGACCAGGUUCGGAUGGUCGACACCACGCUGCGUGCAGUAGAAGAAGGUGUCGCCAGUCCAGAGCAUGAGCGUUUCAGGGCAGCCUGCAAGGUGAAGGGUCUGCCCCUCAACGCCUCCAAGUCCCUCGCCGGAGCACUACGAGGGGGCAUCCAAGGAGGGGUGCUAGAUGGGGACAAAGGAACGAUCUCGGGCGAAAAAGCCGAGAAGCUGGUGCUGGCCACUUUGGGCCUCCUGGCUUCCGCCUCCUGGUCGGAAGCUGCCCUAAGGAGAUGGGUUGGGAUCGCGACCUUUGUGGCCGCUUUCCGGAGGCCGCUCUUCGCCGUAUUCCAGGAGAUCUUCCGUCUGAUAGAAAGGGCCAAGGAUGGGGCAGUGGACCCAGACCCGCAGUUUCAGGAGGUGGAGCGGCCGUUGCCCAGACUGCCCGGAGGCCCACUGUUGCGCCAGUGGAAGAGGAUGAGCCUGGAGUCUGUGCCCGCUGCGGCGGAGAAGAGUCUUGGGGCUCGCACGGGCUCUUUUAUGCCUGUCCGGCUUCCUUUCUUUCCGGAAGCCGGGCAACCUCUCACUGAGGCCAUGGCCCUGAACAAGGUGGCAGUGCUCACCGCCUUUGGGCCCAGCGUCAACGACAAAGAUGACUUUUGGAGCCCGGCUGGGAAAGAGAAGCUGGAAAGGAUGGAGGCGGACCCGCUGGUUGCGGCCAAGUUUUGGAGUCCGCCCUUCAACACCUUUGGGCUCGGCCGUGGCGAGCAGGUGCAACUCCAGAGUGGGAGAUGGGUGGAAGCCCCGCCAGCCCUCAGGUCAGGAGGGCACCUCACUGGGGUGGCCGGUCUCUCCAAGGCUGCCGCCUUUGAAGUGAGGAGGGCAAACACCCUCGCGCUGAGGGCCCUGAAGUCCUUGUCCCGGGCUGUGGAGGAAAACUUCCUCUGCUUCGUCUGUCAGCCCUGGGACUCCUACCUUUGGUACUUCCCGGAGGCAGAAGAGCUGAGGGGGAUCUUCUCCACAUCGUUUCCCUUGUGCUGCUUUGGUGGGCCCAAGCGUUGGGUGGAGCUGCUGCACAACUCCCCGGCAGUCCACAAAGCUUUGCACCGGCCCGCGUGCCGAGACCACGAAGAAGAGCACAAGGCAUGGUACGACAGCACAGGCCGGAUUCGGUUCGCCUGCUGCGAGGAGCUUCGCCUCCCCUGGGACCUUUGUGACGCCAUGGCGUUGGCGAUAAAGAGGGAUCUGGCUGAGAUCUGCCCUCUCAUCCCAGGCAAGCUCACUGAUCGCACCAUGGAGUGGCAGCUGAUGGCGCAGCUUCGUGGAGCUUCCUCGAGCCUCAGAUCACCCGCCGCGGCGGAGGCAGCAUCUGAGGUGCUUGCGCCCAUUGCCCGGGAGAUUUUGGAAGACCCACUGGAGCAUCUGCGGAGGAUGCUUUGCAGAGUGGCACCAGAGGAGCCAGACAACCUCAAGAUGGUGCCCUACCCGGCGCACCUCUGGAGAUGGCGCAACACGUUGUCCUUCGCCUGGCACAACGAGGACAACAUCACCACGCUAGAGAUGUUGGCAGCUCUAGCAGAGGUCAGACGCCGUGCGCGGCAGUUGAACACACAGGGGACAAGGUUCUUUCACAUCCUUGAUUCCCAGGUCGUGUAUCACAUCAUGGCAAAGGGCAGGGCACACAGCAAGCGGUUGAACAGGUCUGCAGGUGCCCUGCGGACUGUUCGAUAUAGGGACAGACUUCGAAAUGCUUCCCGUGCAGAGGUUUUGUUUCUGUAUGCGAAAACCUGUGGCGACGAAUCAGAAUCUCUGGGCACCGCUGCUGCAGGGAAUUAUUUGUUUUGUGUUGCUGAGCUUGGGGGAAAAUGCAUCAAGCCGUUGGGUGCCCAAGAGCACUUGCAGCAGCAAGAUACUUGGCGAGCUCGGCGUCAGAAACGUCGCGAUCGAGAUUUCGCCGCUAAGCAGAUGUCCCUCCAGAACCAGACAACCCGAAACCAGAUGUUCAAGUGCUGUUUGAAGUCUCUUUUUCGUUUCAGGGCAGCUGUCCAGUUGGGGCCUGCCCAGGCUGCAGUGGCAGGUGCCUGGUGCCGGGCACCUGCAGCUGCUAACCAGGGUGCGGUGACUCCUGUUCCUGCGAUGCCCGCCUUGGCUGGCAGGUUGGCGGUUUUGCCUGCAGGGCAAGCGCAAUGGGUUUUUCAAGCUGCUGCGCCAAGCGUCAUCUUCGAAGCCGUUGCAGAUCGCCAGGGCCUUUACACUUGCUUUGCAGACGGACAGGCGGCGGAGCCUGAAGUAGGCACUGCGAGGCGUUACCUAGGGCGUCCUUUCUGGAUGGUUCGCUUGCCACCAACUGUCAUGAAGCAUUUGAUGGAGAUAGGCAAGGAGUUCGUGGUUCCUGGUGGGCUUGUGACUUCUUUGGGGCACCAGUUGCCCGGAACCGUUCCUGCUGCGGCAGAAGGAAGCCCCAGUGAUGGUGCCGACAGUGGUUCCUCUUCCUCCUGCGAGAUGAAGAAAGUGCGCAGGCCGGCCAUGCAAGAAAUCCUGUUGGGAAAGCUCGCUUACAAGCUCAGCUCAACGGUAGGCAUUCAAGAUGUGGUUCGCACCGUCCUUCGAAUGUUAGUGCCAGAUAGUUUAGGUCUGGCAGACAACAUGAAAGUGUCGCAUGGGCAUGUGCGGAAUAUCUUGCUAAAGCUUGAUGCCUUGCAUUCCUUGUCUCGCCGGUUCCUUGCCCCACCAGGUGGUGGGGCAGACAAGUCGCUGCGAAUUGUCAGGUACAUCAGUCCUGACAGUUCCCCGCAAGCGAAUUAUGAUUAUUUUUGUGCGACAGAAGAGUUGCUGCUCUAUCGUUCCGACGAGCUUCCAAGGGAUGCGGGUGGAAAUGUAGCUCCUUUCAAAGGGUUUGAACACCAGAGGCGUUCGAUGUUGUGUACAACAAUUGCGAGAGGACAAGGAAGCACAGCUUCGAAGGCAAGCAAGAUGGUACAUAUGAUUGCCGUUGAGAGUGGUGCGUCUCUCUUUGAGACGUAUCGUUCGGAAGUUCGGGGCUUCUUAAGCGAUCAAGGAACGGAGCGAGGCAUAGCAUCGUUUCCAGUCCGCAGUUGCUCUGAGGUCCAGAGUAUUGUGGGCGCUCAAGCUUUGGCGAGCGAGGCAAUACAGGAGGAUUUUCGUGAAUUGCCGCUCUUUCAUUCCGCUCUACACAUACCGGGAACACUACACAUAGUGUUUAACGCACUGGAAUUCAGCUUGAAGCAGCUUGAAACCUGGCAAAAAUUCGAGAAACAGUUGAACAGCAUCACCCGUGUGUGCAAAGAAAAGAGUUACUCAGAAGUAAUUCUUGUGAGAAUGAUGAAGCAUGCGAGCCCCGAGGAGAGACGGUUGUUGCAUCGGAUGGAUGACCUCUUAGACUGGAGGUGGGAUUCGCUCGCAAGAGUGCUGAAGGUUUGGGUUCCUCUAUAUCCCACCUUCAAGAAAUAUUGGAACCCAGCUGUUUUUGGUGGGGACAGCUCGUCAGUCACAAUUCGAGCUGUGACGGAAGCGUUGGCAGACGAGUGCCAUUUCGACAUGGCAGUGUGGACGCAUCAGUUCUCUGCCGAGGCCACCAGGCUGGCCCACUUUUUCGAGGGUUGUCACUGCCAUCAGGAGCAGCUGACAGACCCAGAAAACCGGGAAAAGAUAAACUGUUGUUGGAAAGGCAGGCGCUUGCCUUGGCUUGCGGUUGGUAAUCUCCAGGGAGCUUUGCAAGAUGCCAUGACAAACAACGAGAUUAGUGUUCUUGCGCAUCUCUUGUCUCGUUCUAGUGAAACUGCAAGUCGGAUGGCGCACAUGGCGGACACGUGCAACAAAGUAUUUGUUGCCGUUAUCCAGCAAAAGCUUGCGUAUGCUCAGCAAGUACCAUGGGUGUUUGCCGCAGCGUUUGCGGGGUAUAUGGGCGAGACUUGGGGCCGAGUGAAAAAGGUUCUUCGGCCACAUCUUCAGAACGUUGACAACAUGAUCUCCAGUGGCCAAGUCGGCGCUCUAGACUCUGUUACACAUGCUUUGUUUGGACCAACCGACACAGGCCGCAUGCUCCGAGAGUUUCUGAACUCGGAGGAUGACGUGCCCCUUGAUCGAUGGCCAGCGUUGUUUUGGAGAGUACAGGAAUAUGCCUUUGUUUCUUUGUCCGAGCGACACACGGAGAGAGAGCAUGUCGGUGUCAAGGUUGCAGCAAACCGUGGUCUCACAAAGGCUGGGCCUGCAGUUGUCUGCAGCCGCAAGCGCAGAGAUCAAGUGUUGGAGAUGCUGGAAGAUGAGAAACAGCUCGCUUUCUUGGUCAAAAAUUGGCGCAGCAGGCGCCUUUGGAGUAGCCUGCUGGAGCACAUGCUCACUCACGAAGAGGUUCGACUUAUGGAGACGCCAAAGAGGCUUUCCCGCUUGUACGGGUAUAGCGAGGAAGACCACUUCAAAGAUUGCGAGGACUCUGUUCGUGCUGAUGCCGUUUACCGCCAAACUUUGAGAGAUCAGACUUUGUUACUGGCCGGAAGCUUCAAGCUUCCGAGUGCUUCCUACCAGGUAGUGAACUGGCUGAAAGGCCAUUUGGCGACGGGCGUGUUUUUCAGUGUGUCCACGCAUGUCUUUGAGCUACUUGUCGACAGGGGUCGGAGAUGUGAAGACCCAGCCGCAUCCUUCAGAACCGACGUGCUGCUGUCUAUUCUGCGAGCCGACGUCCACCCUCGGGUAAGUGAUCGUGCUUCGGUUUUCUGCUCGGUGCUGGAUGCCAGGCCAGAAGCAAGAACGGAUGCUCGUGUUUCGCGACCUGCUGCACACAUCACAGACCCGAAGCUAGGCCGCCGCAGCUGUGUGGUUGUGCAGCGUUUCCACGACGUGGAUGUUUCCCAGGGCGUGCACGGCCUUGGUGGAGAUGUGCGGGUGGCGUGCACGAAUGUGCGGAUCGAGGUUCUCGACUUGGCACGGGUGUGCACAGCAGAGAACUUGAAAGCCUUUUGUGCAAACUGUUUGCUCUGGCGUGCUAUGCCUGCGGAACUGGCCUUGGCUCUGGGAGACGAGUCCACGCAGCCAGGUUUGCUGCAGGAGCCGCAAGUGCAGAAACUUCCAGAGAUUGUCUUAGACAGCGAUCCUGCCUGCUUGUUGAGUCGACCGCCUCCGGAUCCGCAUGUGGAAGAUGCCCUCGACAUCCUGCACCCCCCUGCCCAUGUCGUGCAGAAUGCGGACGACUCUGCGGUGCUGCAGGUCUACGGUGCUCCGUGUAGCGACCGAGAAAUGCAAGCUAUCAAAGAGUUGCUGCGAGCAAGGGCCAUCGGCAUUGAAUCUGCUGUGUAUGCCACAGACCUUGAACACUUCGAUGCUGUUGCACUGGAAGGCUUGCGUGACCGAGGUCUUGUCAUCUGCGAGACUGAUAUGUUCUCAGAUGUAUCCGUCGCCUUGACGGGCAAGUUGACCUACAGUGCAAGCUUGGUGCUGGCACGGCCAUUGUUGCUUUGGGAGCUUGACCAAACGACUUUGACUCGAGGCCAGAUGCCAGGCCGAUCAAAGUUGGAGUUAAUUCGUUUGUUGUUUGUCUUGGGCUGGGAGCCAGGGCUGGGCCGGGAAGCGUGGCAUCGCAAGCAGGGAGAGAAACGUCUUCCAGAUGACGUUCUAGUUUGCAGCCUCCCCUUCCUCAGAGCUUUGAUGCUGAGUCGGCUUAUAUGGGAAAAGCCCGGCAACUUGUCGGGCAUUUACUUGAAAGGCCCCCAGCAGUAUUAUGAGUUCUUGGUGGAUCAGGACGAUCUCAGCAGCUUGCGGGAUGCUUCUGCAGAGGAAAUCAAUGCUCGGUUCGCGCAGAAGAAAAAAAGACCUGCUGGCCGCAGCUUGACAAGAGAUGCGGCUACAGGUCUGGAGCUUGACCCAGAGGCUGAUGAUGCCGAGUUAGAAGAGCUUGUGCAAGAGCUGCCUGAAAAGCUCAUGCAAGCAGAAGAGCCGCAGCCAAGCAUGGCCAGCGGUGGUAGACGUGUCGCUCCUCUAGAAAUCGACUUGGGAGGCGGUAGGACACAGGUAGUGCAUUUUGACAAUUUCACACACUCCAGCGGUCAGCUCCGAGCAUUCGUUGCUUGCGAGACACACAGCGGCUGCCGCUUGUACACGUUUGUACGGCAUCAUGGCAGCCGCAGGCGGGCUGCUGCCUUUUUGCUUGCUUGGCAAAUGCGAGCAGCUCACCACCGCAGAGCUGAAGCUCACAUUGCGGACAAGCCAAGUGAAGAGCAGGUGGAUGCCAUGAUGCUCCGGAUCGCUUGA